CCUGUCUGUUCAUUCAGUCUGAGCCUCAUUUAAAGAGUAAAGGAUAAUUAGUUAGGCAAGAAAUUCAAGUAGACAAGAAUUUGAUCCACGGACAGGUAACCCAAGCGUCGCUCAUUGUCCGUCCCACUAGCAUAUAAAUAUAUAUAUAUAAAGUUGGCAGUGGAUGAGAGGCACUAUCACACAGACUUACAUCUGCUCUGGAUCACCGGGACGAGAAACUUCAAAGCGCAGGUUGAAUAUGUCACUUACUUCCAUCCUCUCCGCUGAAGCCAUUGAGAAUGCUGUUAAAGACUGCCAAGGUAUAGCAAAGAUUAACCAGCAUCAUUGGACUCUCAUGAACAUUUCUCCAACAGCUCCAGACUCCUUUUGUUAUAAAAAGUUUUUCCAACUUUGUGGUCUGAGUCAGAAAAGUCCCCAAGAGGUGAAGGAUGUCUUCCGCAUUAUAGAUGAAGACAACAGUGGAUUUAUUGAGGAGGCUGAGCUCAAGUUCUUUCUCCAGCGGUUUUUCCCGGGGGCACGAACUCUGACAGAAAAGGAGAUUAAGAGCCUCCUUACAGCUGCAGAUGAUGAUAGCGAUGGAAAGAUUGGAGCAGAAGAGUUCCAAACAAUGGUGUUAUCCUGAAAGAAUAAGCCUCGGUCACACUCAGUCUGCGGCCUACAGCCAUGAGUGCUGUGGCUUCAUCUUUCCCUUUUUACAUAGGAUUUCAUUUCACAAUAAGCAUCAGCACAUGAAUUUGUCUUUUGAACAUACAUGUCUGUUUUAUUGUUCCACAAUUAUUUCAAAUGACCAAUGAAAAACUGUUCAGGGAAAAUAAAAUAAAGUCACUAAAACUGA